AUGGCCCGCCCUGGAGGCGUGCGCGUGAGUUCGCCGCUGCUGCUGCUCUUCCUCGCAACGCUGCUGCCUCUGCUCGCGGCUCCGGUUACCGCGAUCUUCUUCCCCGCGCCCACCUUCCCCGACUUCUCCUUCGAUGCGCUGAGGAACCUCGUGGCCGGCAAGAAGCUCCCCGACGGGCAACUGCGCGCCAAGUCCAGCCCGCGCGUGAACAGCCUGGCGCAAUCGUGCGGAUACUUCUCGGAUGCGCCGUACUUCUCCAACGGACUCACCGCGCUGCUGCCCAGCAACCUGUACAAGAAAGGCAAGACGUGCGGCGCGUGCUACGCCGUGGAGUGCGCGGGAGGCGACAGAUGCAAGAAGAACAACGCGACGGUGACGGUGCGCGUGGUGGGAUCAGUCGGAUGGUUCACGCUGCACCGCGGCCUCGUGCUCUCCACGCAGGCGUGGGACCGCAUCGCGAGCUCGCGCGACGGGCGCGCCGUGCAGGUCAAGGUCAAGCGCACCAACUGCAAGAGCCCCAGCGGGCUGUUUGUGCGCGUGCGCACGGCGUCCAAUAAGAACCGCUUCCGCCUGCAGCUGCUCGGCACUAAGGGGCCCGGCGCUGUGCGGCUCGUUGAGGUGUCGGUCGACGGCAGCAAGUGGACGGCGCUGACGAGGGAAGGCCGCACCACCACGUGGCAGCUGCUCCGCCACAAGGACAUUGCGCGGGCGGGAAAGCCCAUCAGUGUCCGCGUCACCGCCGCGAAAACGGGGCAGAAGAUCGUCCUCGAUAAGAUCAUCCCCGCGAAAUGGACCCCGUCUAACACGUACGGACCAGGCCUGACCAACUUCAACAAGAUGCCGCUCAACGCGGAGUCUCCAAAGCCGCCCAAGGUGAACCGCACUGGCGCAGUUGCUACGACUAAGCGCGCUCCUGCGGCAAAGACCGCUCAGGAGGAGCAGAGCCAGGGCUUAAAGGAGCCGUCCGCGUCCAAUACUCCUGUGCAGUCGGAACCGUCAGCGGCCGGGCCUCGCGUGGCGCUUCAAGAUGACGCAACGGAAGGGGAGGAGCUUGAAUGGGGAGAGGGUGAGGAGCAGAGAGGCGGUAGGAGCCUGGCAGAGGAGGAAGAAGGCGAGGUCGAUCUGGCCGAGGAGAUGGAGGACGGGUGGGCGCUGGGGGACGAAGGCUGGGGGGAUGAUGAGGCGCAGGGGGAGGCGGACGACGAGGAGCGCGCGGAGGGAAGGAGCCUCGCGGAGGAGGGCGCGGAGGAGGGGGAGGAUGAGAGCGCGGCGGAAGAGGUGCAAAGGGAGGAGGGUGAGGAGGAGGGGGAGGAGGAGGUGCGUAUGCUGGCGGAGGAGAGCAUGAGCGACGGGCGUGAGGAGGGGGGGGACGGCGAGGAAAGCGAGGAGAGCGAGGAGGGAAGGCUGCUUGCGGAGGGAGAGGAGGAUGAGGGGAUGGAAGAGAUCGAGGAGGCCGAGGAGGAGAUUGAUAGCGAGAAAGGCAGAGUGCUGGUAGAGGGCGGAGACGUGGAAGAGGAGGAAGAAGUGAUUGAGCUUCCACGUGAGUUAGCUGCCGACAACGAUAACCAGGGGAAGGAGAAGAAAACCGAGGAAAAGAAGGAAGAGAAGAAGCCGGGGGUUCUGAAGAGGACGGCGAAUGCAAUCAAGGAUUUCUUCAAGAACCUUGGUGAACGCAUCACUGGCAAGCAGAACAAGCCUGCUGACAAUGGCCCCCGCAAGGUGGGCCCAAUGGAAGCCAAGGAUGACUAA